CACAGGGCGAGGCCCAAGGACCUUCGCUCAGUCCGUCGCGCUCUCGUUUCGCUCUCGCGCAGCGUCUCGACCGCAUCCGCCGACAUCGGCCGUCUUUUUUUCUGUGACUCGAAGCCGCUCCAAGUCUCAGCUCAGAGGGCGCGCGCGCCGUGAGAGUGUGAAGUCUGAACGUCCAGCGGUAAACAUGCCCACCGUUCACCUGCUCGACUACGUGGCCGGAAACGUGCGCUCGCUCGUCAAUGCCAUAGAAAAGCUCGGCUGGACCGUGGAGUGGGUGAAGCGGCCAGAAGACGUCGAAAAUGCUGAUAAGCUGAUUCUCCCCGGCGUGGGCCACUUCGGCCACUGCCUGUCGCAAUUCACCCAGGCCGGAUACAGGCAGCCCAUACUCGACCACAUCCGUGCCGGCAAGCCCUUCUUCGGCAUCUGCGUCGGCCUGCAGGCGCUCUUCGAAGGUUCCGCCGAAGACACGGCCGUUCCAGGUCUCGGCAUCCUCCCAGGCCGCCUCGUCAGGUUCAACGAGGCGGACAAGGCGGUCCCCCACAUCGGCUGGAACUCGGCCAACUACUCGCCUUCCGGGCCUUCCUCAGUCUUGGACCGGAGCCUGUAUGGCCUUCGACCGACGAGCAAGUAUUACUACGUGCACUCGUUCGCCAAGCCCUACACGCCCGGCGAAUUGGAGUCUCUGGGCUGGGACGUUGCGCGCGCGAGGUACGGGGACGAGGAGUUCGUCGGCGCCGUCGCAAAGGACAACAUCCUUGCCACGCAGUUCCAUCCCGAGAAGUCCGGUGCUGCGGGCUUGCGUCUCAUCAAGGCCUUUCUCCAAGGACAGAGAUACACGCCGAUCCCCAAGGAGCUGCAGACCCGCGGCUCGGAAGCGUCGCUGAAAGAGGGCCUGACGCGGCGCGUCAUCGCCUGCCUGGACGUGCGGACCAACGACGACGGCGACCUCGUGGUCACCAAGGGCGAUCAGUACGACGUGCGCGAGAAGGAUGGCGCGACGUCGACGGGGGGAGGGCAAGUCCGCAACCUUGGCAAGCCGGUCGACAUGGCGCGCAGGUAUUACGAACAAGGCGCCGACGAGGUCACGUUUCUGAACAUAACCUCCUUCCGCAACUGCCCUGCUUCCGACCUACCGAUGCUUGAGAUCUUGCGCCGGACCUCAGAGACCGUCUUCGUCCCUCUUACCAUUGGUGGCGGCAUCAGGGACACCGUCGAUCCUGACGGGAAAAAAGUGUCCGCCUUGGAGAUUGCCACGCUGUACUUCAAAUCCGGCGCCGACAAAGUGAGCAUAGGAUCGGACGCCGUCUUUGCUGCUGAAGAAUACUACGCCAGGGGCAAGACGCUCAGGGGGGAUACGGCCAUCGAAGCAAUUUCUCAGGCCUAUGGCAAUCAAGCCGUCGUCGUCAGUGUAGACCCCAAACGGGUUUACGUUUCUUCCCCGCAUGAUACCACCCAUGCCACGAUCAAGACCGCGUAUCCUGGCCCCAACGGUGAGACGUUCUGCUGGUAUCAGUGCACGGUAAAGGGUGGCCGCGAGACGCGCGACAUGGACGUAGUGCAGCUGGUGCAGGCCGUUGAGGCUCUUGGCGCGGGAGAAAUAUUGCUCAACUGCAUAGACAAGGACGGGAGCAACAGUGGCUUUGAUCUUGAACUCGUGCAGAGCGUUAAGGACGCUGUUGCUAUCCCUGUCAUCGCCUCCUCCGGCGCUGGAAAGCCGCAGCAUUUCUCCGAAGUCUUCGAGAAGACGACUACGGACGCUGCUUUGGGUGCCGGCAUGUUCCAUCGCGGCGAAUACACUGUUAGACAGGUCAAAGACCAUCUACAGGAACGAGGUCUGCUUGUCAGACAGUUCGAGGAAGAUGUUUGAAGGCUGAAAGGGACUGCCCACUUGAUCAGAGUAAAUGUAUCGUUACUAGAAAACGAUUUUUGGUCGUCAAACUAGACAAAAUUCGUGACAGGUCACCUUGUCAAAGAAGAUAGGCAGCAUUUCGAUCCACAGUGAAGACUACGUGAGACGUACGCAGCAGCACAACCUUAUGUCACUUGAAUGUCGGCUCUUAUGCAAUAUUUAGAGGAAAAAGAAAAGACUGCGGCUUUACGUAGGGCUACGAUAUUAUAUUUCUGAUAAAUAUGUGCGCUAAUGUAUGUGCAUUAACUCAUAGAUUUUAAUGUAUCAGACAUUUCGGGUAUCUUGCAGA